GGUAUAUACUUACAAGGCGCUGUCCCUACCCCCUUUGCCUGAAAUAUAACGCCUUCCCCUUCACGUCGAUUGGAAACCGCCGCAUCCUCGAGCUCAUCGACUUUACGAAGUGCGCGAAGACCAAGCUCUCGAGAGGGUCCCGGGCGAAGGAGUGUAAGCUCUAGCUCUCGCGCGUGAAGGUGUGUAUCGCCCCUGACUUCUCCUUUCCUGCUUUCGCCCUCACCCUUCGUGCACAUCCCCCUCUCCACCCUUGACUGUCCCCCCGCUCGUAUAUGAUACACCCUGCCUCCACCCCUUCGCUUUCUUGCCUUUUGCCUCCCCUCCCCCACCUUCGCUCCUCCCUUCCCCCAUCUUCGCUCCUCCCCUUUUCCCUUUGCUCGGCUCAGCUUCCCCUCCCCUUUACUUUACUUCCCCAUUGCUUUACUUGCCCGUUACUUGACUUCCCCUUCACUUUACUUCCCCUCCCUUCUCUUCUUUCGCUCGCCCCCUCCCUCCCCUUCAUCGCUUCCCCCUUUUUGUUCGCUCUUCUCCUUCAUUCGCUCGCACCUCGCUCCCUCCUCCUCGCGCAGCUGCCCUCCCCCAUCGUUAUUUACGUCGUAAUUGCCCUCCCCCAUCGUUAUUUACGUCGCAAUUGCCCUCCCCUAUCACCCCACCUCGCCCCCUCUCGUCUUCUCGCCCUCUGACGAGCCCUUUUUCGUGAGUGCUCAAGUCUCGUCGUCGC